GCGCGGAGCGCGCAUGCGCCGCAGCGCCAGCGCUCUCCCCGGAUCGUGCGGGGCCUGAGCCUCUCUGCCGGCGCAGGCUCUGCUCGCGCCACCUCGCUCCCGCCGCCAUGUCCGCCACCGUCGAGCGGGAGUUCGAGGAGCUGGAUGCUCAGUGUCGCUGGCAACCGCUGUACCUGGAAAUUCGAAAUGAGUCCCAUGACUAUCCUCAUAGAGUGGCCAAGUUUCCAGAAAACAGAAAUCGAAACAGAUACAGAGAUGUAAGCCCAUAUGAUCACAGUCGUGUUAAACUGCAGAAUGCAGAGAAUGAUUACAUCAACGCCAGCUUGGUUGACAUGGGAGAGGCACGGAGGAGUUACGUCCUGACACAGGGUCCACUUCCCAACACAUGCUGCCACUUCUGGCUCAUGGUUUGGCAGCAGAAGUCCAAAGCAGUUGUCAUGCUGAACCGAAUUGUGGAGAAAGAAUCGGUUAAAUGUGCACAGUACUGGCCAACAGAUGACCGAGAGAUGCUGUUUAAAGAAACAGGAUUUAGUGUGAAGCUUUUGUCUGAAGAUGUGAAGUCUUAUUAUACAGUACAUCUGCUACAAUUAGAAAAUAUCAAUAGUGGGGAGACCAGGACGAUCUCUCACUUUCAUUAUACUACCUGGCCAGACUUUGGAGUCCCUGAGUCACCAGCUUCGUUUCUCAAUUUCUUAUUUAAAGUGAGAGAAUCUGGCUCCUUGAAUCCUGACCAUGRGCCUGCAGUGAUCCACUGUAGUGCAGGUAUUGGGCGCUCUGGCACCUUCUCUCUAGUGGACACCUGUCUUGUUUUGAUGGAAAAAGGAGAUGAUAUUAACAUUAAACAAGUGUUACUGAAUAUGAGAAAAUAUCGAAUGGGACUUAUUCAGACACCAGAUCAACUCAGAUUCUCUUACAUGGCCAUAAUAGAAGGAGCAAAGUAUAUAAAGGGAGAUUCAAAUAUACAGAAACGGUGGAAAGAACUUUCUAAAGAAGACUUAUCUCCUGCUUUUGACCAUUCACCAAACAAAAUAAURACUGGAAAGUACAAUGGGAGCAGAAUAGGUCCAGAAGAAGAGAAACCAACCAGUGACCGAUGCACAGGGCUCUCCUCUAAAGUGCAGGACACAGCAGAGGAAAACAGCAGCAGUAUUCUACGGAGACGUAUUCGAGAGGACAGAAAAGCCACCACUGCUCAGAAGGUGCAGCAGAUGAAACAGAGGCUGAAUGAGACUGAACGAAAAAGAAAAAGGUGGUUAUGUUGGCAGCCUGUGCUCACUAAGAUGGGGUUUGUGUCAGUCAUUUUGGUUGGCGCUUUGGUUGGCUGGACUCUGUUUUUUCAGCAAAAUGUCCUAUAAAUAAACAGUUUUGCCCAGCAAGCUUCUGCACUAGUACUGACGUUGCUGCAUUAAUCACAAGGGUCUGUCUUUUAGCAGCAAACGCCUCCUACCCCAAAAACGGUGCAGUAGAAUAGACAUCAGCCAGAUCAGUGAGACUUAACCCCAGCCCAGCAUCUCAGGACUCUUCACUGCAGGUGCCUCUGAAACCUAAACUGUAAGCGGCUGUCUAAAAUAAAGACGUUCGUGCGUGUUAAAAAUCGAUACAUUCUGCACCUGUAUUCACAAGUGUGACACGUAAUUUCACCCGACCAACAUUGAGAAAUCCUUUAUCACAAGGAUUUGAAUUUGAAGGCUAUCUGGAUUUUAACCUGCACUUGAUACAAGCAAUAAAUAUUGUGGUUUUAUUACAUUAUUAAUGGAAAGAAAAUGACCUUUAAUGUGUGUAAUGUAUAAUGUAUUAUUGACAUGGGCAUCAACACUUUAUAUUCUUAACCA